AUGCAUGUGGUGCACUUGGCCCUUGGCGUUGAUGCGGUGUCAAGCGUGAUUUUGGAUCUUUGCGACCACCCAGCCCUGAUUGAGGGGAACACCAGAGAUGAGAAACUCAGCAAACUACACGCAAACUACAAGGAAUGGUGUGAAGCGACCAGCGUGAGUGACCGUGCUGCCCGUAAAUUUUUUACUGCAGCUGUACUUCGGCCAGCUGGUGGUGCUCAGUAUACUGCUGUGAGUCAAAAAAUUUUGUCGGCGACGGCGUGUCGCUAUCUCAUUCUAUGGCUGUCAAGACUCCUGAUGGAAAUCGAUUUGGAUGACGAUGUGCACACGUAG